CGACGAGAGUGGGAGAGACAGGUAGAUACCAAAUAAAAUAGAAGCAUGGGUAAGAAUUAUCCGCACAGUCGUUUGACAGAUAGCGUUACGCAUAACUAGUCUCGUUUUCAACCUAGAACCCCGAAAAGGUUGUUAUCGUGUCGACAACAGUUUAUACCUUGCUCUCGCAAUAAACACUCACUUACUUCGUCAACAUGGUCGCGGCCGACACGCCGAUAGACGAAUUGUUGAGCUUUACCAUCGAAAACAAUGUGAUCAAAGGAAAGACGAAACCUUACACGUCCCACUACAAGAGUGCCGGCGCAUUGCUAUUCGACAUUCUGAAAGAGACUCCGUCUAUCAUUAGCCAGGUGGAUGGGCCAACGGGUAUUGAAGAUAGCUAUGAAGAUAUGCUCGACCGCUCGAUAAAAUGCGCACUCUGGCUAAAAAAACAAGGAAUCGGAAAAGGAGAUAUUGUCGCAACUUCUACGGACGUCCACCGUGAAUGUCUCAUUCCCUGCCUUGCUUCACUUUUCAUCGGUGCAAUUUUCAACGCAUGGGACUCCGACAUGAACGUUCACCUGGCUCGUCAUUUUAUAACAACGUCGGAGCCGAAAGUUCUCUUCGCAAACGAGGAGUCGGUUAGGGUCGCGUUGGAGGCGGCGAAGAUCGAAGUUUUCCCUGUCAAGGUGGUGACGUACGGCAAAUAUGCUGGCACGACGCCAUUCUCAGAGGUGUUGAAGGGUCAUGAUAAAUCGGAUGUGGCCGACUUCCAAUGCACGGAAAUCGACAAUUCACAGGACAUAGCGUAUAUCCUUUACUCCUCUGGGACAACGGGUUUGCCAAAGGGCGUGAUGACCUCGCAUCACUCAUUACUCGGUGUCCUGCAGAUGACCGAUCUCAUGAACAUGAGUUCGUCUUCACUGAUGUGGUUCAGUCCUAUAUACUGGGUCAGCGGUUUGUUGUUAAGCCUUUUAAGCAUCUCUACUCGCCGCAAGAGAAUCAUCACGCCGAAUUACCAAGACAAGAUAGCCUGUGAAUUGAUCGAAAAAUACAAGAUCGGAUGGACGAUGCUGAGCACCAGCAUGGCCAAUCGGUUUGUCCGAUACAGCGGUCUGCAUGACUACGACCUUUCGAGUUUGAAGGUUCUCUUCGUCGGUGGAGCUUCCUUGAAGAAGGAAUCUCAGGAUUUGUUGAAGAAGCACCUGCCUCAAACGAUGAUUAUACAAGCAUACGGUAUGACAGAAAUGGGUGGAUUGAUCACCACCCAAGUGUCAGGCAGUAGCACGAGCGGCUCUUGCGGAAUCGUCAACGUGAACUGCCAAUUGAAAAUCGUCGAUAUCGAUACAGGAAAAACUCUGGGCCCGAACGAAACUGGCGAGAUUUGCGGGAAGUCGGUUCACAUGAUGACGGGAUAUUUCAAGAAUCCUGAAGCUACUGCGAACACCAUCGACAAAGAGGGUUGGUUGCAUUCGGGAGAUAUCGGUUACUUCAACGAGAAAGGAGAGCUCUUCAUCGUCGACAGAGUGAAGGAGCUUAUUAAAUACUUGGGAUACCAAGUAACGCCAACUGAAAUCGAGAAUCUAUUGCAGUCGCAUCCGGGUGUUCUAGAAGCCGCGGUCGUUGGCAUACCUCAUCCUACGGAAGAUGAACAUCCUAUUGCCUUUGUCAGCAAGGUUCCUAACAUGGAGGUGACAGCGGAAGAAUUGAUCAAGAAAGUAGCUACCACGUUGACAGAUCAUUUCCAUCUACGUGGAGGAGUGCAGUUUCUACCAAGUCUCCCACACACCCCUAGUGGAAAGGUUUCAAGAAAAGAGCUGAAGGCAAUAGCACGAUCAAUGGCUACUACUUAAAAAGUUUUUGCGUACUGUUUAUCUCAUAAACAGAAAAAAAUAGCGAUAUUGAAUGAUGCGGUGUCUAGCGUAGCGUUUUCCAAAUUAUUCUCAUCGUGUAACACUUUUCAUUUCACAAUAUAUAUAUAUAUCAUGAUAUUAUAUUUCACAGUAAUUUGGGGUUCAAGAUUGAAAAAUAGUAAACGACUUUUCCAUUUCAUUUUUCAAUGAAAAAUUAUUCCUGAAAGAGGUUAUUCGUGCGAAGAGGUCUAUUGGUUCGAAGUAAAUAAUCCUCUGUGUAGUAAUGAUGCGAAACUAAUGUGAGUUAUAAACAUGGAAAAUUUAUUUAUUUUACUGUAUCUUUUUAAUCAUAAAUUGCGAUUUUUCUCGAAAUAAUUAUACAUAUUAUAUGGAUCAUUAGUGUUACGUACAGUUUGUAUCAAGCUGUAGAACUUGAUGAUAGUAUUGUUUAAGGGUUUAGGGAUUCGAGAGUAUUUAUCAAGAGCUUAGGGUUGGGUCUGACGCGAUAUUUUUUGGGUACUCGAAAAUUAAAACUAAUAAUGCUAUACUGGAUGUUCUUAUGAAACACCUGGUUCAUUGAUUUUUUAACUUUUGUGGGCGACUCUAAAAAAUAUGUUAUUUUUUUUUUUAAUGGGUAUGUAUACUUGCAAAUAUACCUUUUUUUGCAACGAUUGUGAACCGAAUUCAGUAUUGAGGCUUUUCCUACCGCCAAUUAAUUCAGCAGUGAAAAAUUCAGCACAAUAAAUUGUAGUAGUAAGAUAAACUUUAAUUUAUUUAUAAAAAAAAAUGUAAUAUCAUCUAUGUCUGAUUA